AUGAGAUCUUCUAAUACAGAUAUCAUCUCCCAAUCACUUGCACUUUGCUCUGCGAUGACGAGCUAUAAUUCCCAAAAGACUUUGUGUGCAUCAGAAAAUUCAUGCUGGAACUCGGGAAGCAAAGAAAGUAGCAGUGAAUUUGACCAAAAGAGAGAUGAUUGUCUUGAAAGGGAAAAAGUUUUGGAGGGAAAACCCGAUUAUGUCGGUCAAAUAAUCCAGAGAAUGGCAGAUAGCUACUUGCAUACCAUUGUUGCAAUGAACUCCCAUUGCCAAGCAAUAGCGUGA